ACAGAUCAAUGUGGGGAAAGUGCAUAGAGAAGAGAAGAUGAGCAACGUUAAGCAAACACACUUUGAUCCUAUAGGAGUUACUUACGAUGAGGAUGGAAAUCCAAGAGUUAACUACAGGUCUGAGGCUGGAACCUCCUCACACCUUCCUUCCUUUGACGACGAAGAAGACAUAACAAAUAUCUUCGACAUCGCCGGCGAGGGUUAUGACGUCACGCUGUCCCUGGCACAAGGAAGAAUCAGCUGGCGUUCGAUGAACCCAAAUGGAGGCAAGAAGAAAUCGAAGGGCCUUUCAUCACUGUUCAAAAGCAACAAAACCUCUGCGAAGGACACAGAUGGCCUUGACCUUGAAGAUGCAUAUGGUGUGAAAAUACGGCGUCGCCGACGGGCGGAGCAGAGUGAAGGAGAGGGUUACUGUCUUGGGUUCGGACUCUUUACUUAUGAGAUGAAGGAAUCAGCUAAUGUGUUGAAAGACAAGAUUUUGUUCUUCGAACACCCGAGUGAAGAUAUUUGUAUUAGAUGGGUGAAACAGAUAUCUUCCUAUCUGUCUGCUAUCAAAGGAAGGCCAAAAACAAUCAAACUGUUUCUUCAAGAGCAUGCUGGACACAAGAAUGGACGCUCAUUCUAUCGACACACAAUUUUACCAAUGUUCAAAAAUGCUGAUGUCAGUGUGGAUAUGACAGAGGUUCAGCAUAAUGAACUCAUCAAGCAAGAAAUGAUCCAUAUGAACUUGGAGGACUUUGACUGCAUUGUUGCAUGUGGUGGUGAUGGGACAGCGAACAAGGUGGCAGAUGCACUUCUCAACCGAUGGCAGAAAGACAAUGAUAUUGAUGUGAAGCCAGGUUUCUCACCUGCCAGGUGCAACAUGCCAUUAGGCAUUAUUCCAAUAGGUCUGACCAAUCACAUCGCAGGGUCUGUUGUUGGCACCGUGGAACCUAUCUCAGCAAUACUACACAUCAUAUAUGGUCAUAAACAGCAUGUAGAUGUGUGUUCCGUGUACUCUGAAGACAAGUUUCUCCGAUGGGCAUUCAACUCACAGUAUGGCUUUGCUGGCAAUGUGCUGUCUUUCCGCAGCAGAUACAGCUCAUUAGGUGCUAAGAAGCUAGACGUUGCAUUUAUCAAAGCUUUAACUAAAGCAAAACUCAGAUCCUACCAUUGUGACGUAGAAUAUAUUCCUGCUACUGCUGUCAACACGCCCUUGCUCAACACACCAUGUCGUAUAGGAUGCCGUGUAUGUUGGCACGAGGACAGCGUGGACCAAGACAGCGUCACCCAGGACCUGGUUGAGGAGCUGGACCCUCUGGCGAACUCUGGCUCCAGCAACUCACUCAUAGAAAUUGAACAUGACAGUCCUUGGAAGACAGUGAAAGGAUCAUUUAUGAAUGUGGCUGUGCUGACUUUACCUGGACGAAGUGAGUUUGCUCCCAACGGCUUGAGUAAGUUCACACAUUUGUGUGACGGCAACAUGGACUUGGUGCUGGUGAAAGACACAGACAGGAAGGAGUUCCUUAGAUUCCUCAGAAGACAUGGCAAUGCCAAAAAUCAAUUUGACUUCCCAUUCGUCGAAGUACAUCGUGUGAAAGAGGUGAGAUUCCGUCCCAGGUUACCGACGAGCUGGAAACACAGAGACCACACAUUUAGCGAGAUCGACUACGAAAUGUCCAGGCUUAAAAGUAGAAAAAGCAGCAAGUCAGCAGAGGUACUCAAUGACUUUGAUCUGGACGACGCCUUCAUGAGUCGCAGAGCAUCUCGGUCCGACUUCAGAAGGGCAGACAGUGUUAAGGCUUUGAAUGGAAGGAGUGAUUCAGAAGACUCCGAUGAGGACUCUGAUGAUAGUUCUAAUGAUCUUGAUGGAGACAAUGAUGAUCGACAGAGGCGGAGGAAUCCUAAACGGCGACAGAGUGAGCCUGUGAACCCCCUGCACCAGAAGCCGCGCUACGUCGGGCCCCAAUACAGACAAACCUUCAUGGAACAGGAGAGAGCCAAAAGGCAGAAAGCACAAAGGAAAAAGGAAGAAAAGGCCAAGAAAAAGGAGGAAUCUCGCCUGAAUUCUUUCUGGAAUAUUGACAAUGAGCUGUGCCAACAACGAGAACUUGAUUUCAAAGUACAUCAUGGCCUGAUGCAAAUAUGUGGAGAGGGCGUGUCACCUGACUGUGACAAUGUGGAGGUCACUAUGACCUGUCUACAGCUUGUCAAAUAGGUCAUUUCACGGUCUGGGGUCAUAGUCAUCAAAGGUCAAGGUCACCAUGAAGCAUAGUCAUCAAGGUCAUCAUCGAUCAAGGUCAUAAGGAUCAUCUUUAAACAAGGUCAUAUUUGUUCAACGUCAAAGGUCAUGUUUGAUCAAGGUCAUCAUUGAUCAAGGUCAUGUUUAAAUAAGGUCAUGUUUGAUCAAGGUCAAAGGUCAUUUGAUGCUUCAAUUCACAUAACUUAAUCAUUAUAUUUGCAUUACUAGUUUAAUCUUAGGUAUACAUAAAUGAAUUUAGUUAGUUCUGAAAGUCUGUGCAUGGAUGACCCAACGAUGAUGCUCAUAGGAGAUACUGUCACAAUAAUGCAACUACAGUUUACAAUUUUUGUAAAAUCUAUGAUAACUUUACUGAUAUUGUAAGGUAAUAGGAUACAAUAACUACUACUAUUAUAUUUUGAACAGUUUCAGAGAUUUACACUCAAGUUCACAAUAAGGUUGUCAUAUGUAAAAAUAACAUUGUUCAUCAUCUACUGAGAUUUUAACUCUCAUAAACAGGGUGUAACAUAAAGCCAAACUAUAUACAUAAGGAAUAUGAUAUCAGUAUUUGAAUGGUGCUGUGACUUUUUGUGUGACAUUAUAAUCACUCAUAAUCAUGUUUUAUAAAAAAAACCCAACAAUAUUGAAUACCAUAUGAACCUGUGAAGAUUCAAUGCAAUGCAAACAAUGCUUGUCGUAAGCAGUCAUUACGGGAUCGGGUGGUCAUGCUUGCCGACUUUUUUUGACACAUGUUAAUGUAUCCCGAUUGUGUAGGUUGAUGCUCAUGCUGUUGAUCACAGGAUUGUUUGGUCCAGACUUGACUAUAUACAGACGUCAUAUCAGAG